CACGCGGGGAGGGCGGGCGACAGAGACGAGGAAGGAGCGUGCGUGCGUGACCCCGCCGCGGACGCGAGUCCACCCCCCGGAGAAGCAACGGCAGAUAGAUAUCCCCGACGACGACGUCGAGCGCAGCAAACCAGCAGCAUCCUCGUCAGUCCCCUCCCCGAUUCGAUACGAGGCGAGUGUCGCGUCCGCUCCGAACCGGAUCGAGCCCGGCCUCCCGGGGGAGUUUGGAUUUGGGGGAAGGGCGGAGAGGGGAGGAGGGGUGGACAUGGACCAGGUGCUCAACAAGGUGGGGAGCUACUGGUUCAGCAAGAGGGCGAGCAAGGAGAUCGACUCCAUCGGCGACGACAUCAGCUCUAUCUCAAGCAGCAUUGGAGGGUCAGCCAAAUGGAUGUUGAACAUGAUUAAAGGGAAGAUGCAGAAAGCACUACCAGACCUCCUCAAGGAAUAUGACAUGCCAGCUGGCCUCUUCCCACGGGAUGCGACUAACUAUGAGUUCAACGAGGAGACAAAGAAGCUGACGGUGUACAUCCCUUCAGCAUGCGACGUCGGGUACAAGGACUCCUCAGUCCUGCGGUUCUUCACCUGUGUGACUGGCUACCUUGAGAAAGGUAAGUUUUCCGACAUCGAGGGUAUGAAGACCAAAGUGCUGGUGUGGACCAAGGUGACCACCAUCAAGACCGAGGGCUCGAAGGUCCAUUUCACUGCUGGUGUGAAGAAAACCCGGAGCCGUGAUGCCUAUGAGGUUGUCAGGGAUGGUAUCACCAUAGAUAAAUUCUAGAGCAUGGUUUGCAUGAGAAAUGUGAUGUAAUUAAAUUAUCCAGACGAUGAUUCUCUUCUUGGUACACCAAAAGUCUAAAAUAUGAUGUGGUACUACCCAUUCGGUCAUUAUCUACAAAUUGGAUGUCUCAUGUCAUUAUGUUUCUGUUCAAAAUGUGGAGCUUACUUUCACAUUGCGACUGAUGUUAUUGUGAAAUUGCACUAGGA